GGCUGAGACGACUGACGACGCCCGAAUCACCAAGUUUCCAAUCCGGCUGGCGCUCACUUCGCUACCUAGUAGACCUACAACUCGACAACUUCCAUUCCGUCCCAGCCAAACCGUACCCACGCAUUCGCUUCUUAAACUCCCUUCCCCUCCCCUGCAACGUAAAUCUGCGAUAGCUUUUGCGCAAGCCCAUCCGCCCGCAUCGCCAACCAACCUCACCAUGCCGACCGCGGGGCUAAAAACCAUCAUCGCCCUCUCCUUCGUGCUCGCCGUCGGCUUCCUGCUCGUCAUCCUAUCGUGCGCACUAUGGAAGGUCUACUAUCCGCUGCUCGUCGUUGCCAGCUACGUGCUGGCCCCCUUGCCCAACUGGAUCUGCAGCCGUUGCUCCAACCCAGAUGAUUUCGUCGAGAGUUCGGGAAAUGCGAUUUUGGACCUUGGGCGCUUCUGCACGGGUUUCUUGGUGAUUAUGGGUAUUGCCUUGCCGGUUGUUCUUGCACACUCCCACUUGAUCGAUGUCGGCGCUAUGGUCAUGUGCAUUAUUGGUGGACUGCUGAUUUACGGGACCAUCGUUAGUUUCGGUAUGUUCUUCCAGGAGGAGCAGGAGUUCUAAAGGGUCAGACGGGGUGGGAGAAGGAGCAGCGAGUAGGCAGUCUGUACUAUAAGCCAUCAGCCAGCAUGCGGGACAACGGCGAACAUUGGGUCAGGUUAGCAUCUUCAGAGGGUUCAGAUCG